AUGACUCAUUCGCUUGUCGUUCAGCUCGUGGCCAUCGCGGCCGUGCUGUUACUGUGGAAAAUAUGGCGCUCCCACCAUGUCUUGGACAAUAUCCCUGGCCCUCCGAGACAGUCCUGGUUUCACGGAAAUGUGCGGCAAUUUGCCUCUCGCCAUGCAUCGGAUUUCCAGCGGCACGUCGCAUUCGCCUACGGAUCAGUUGUGAGGCUCCACGGUGUUAUGGGCGCACCCAUGCUGUAUGUCUCGGACCCGAAGGCUCUUCACGCUGUCAUCAUGAAGGAUGAACAGAUAUAUCAGGAAUCGGACACGUUUAUUGUGAUGAACAACCUUAUAUUUGGUCCGGGACUAUUGAGCACUCUCGGCGAACAUCACAGAAAGCAAAGGAAAAUGUUGAACCCUGUGUUUUCUGUUGCACAUAUGCGCCGCAUGUUGCCUCUCUUCUACCAAGUUGUAUACAAGUUGCGAGAUGCCAUCCAGGUCCGGGUGGAUGCUGGCGCGGAGGAAGUUGACGUCCUCAAUUGGAUGUCACGCGCUGGGCUUGAGAUGAUCGGACAGGGCGGUCUUGGCUACUCCUUCGAUCCAUUGACGGCAGACACCAAUGACGAUUACGGCGACGCUUUGAAGUCAUUCAACACGCAUGUGCAGGCUGUACAGGUGUGGCAACGCAUUGCCCCGUACCUGAUUCAUCUAGGUCCGGCAUGGCUCCGCGCUUGGCUUCUGGAUAGACUGCCGGAUCCGGACGUCCGCGGCCUCAAGAAGUUGGUCGACACGAUGGAUAGGAGAUCCAGAGAAAUUUACCAGGAGAAACAAACCGCUUUCCAUCAAGGCGACGAGGUGCUCGUACAACGAGUCGGAGAAGGGAAAGACAUUAUGAGCAUUCUCAUGAGGGCAAACAUGACUGCGGACGAGAGCGACAAAUUGCCUGAAUCGGAGCUCAUUGCACAGAUGUCGACGUUCAUAUUGGCAGGCAUGGAUACGACGUCCAACACUGUGUCUCGUAUGCUACAUCUGCUAGCAGAGAAUCCUCAAGUGCAAGACAAGGUCCGUGAGGAGGUAUUGGCUGCUGAUGCAGCUAAGGGUAUCUCAUACGAUGAUCUGAACCGCCUACCUCUUCUCGAUGCCGUAUGCCGGGAGACUUUGCGCCUCUAUCCGCCCGCCACCAUUCUCUCACGUGUGCCCAACCAAGACGUCAUACUUCCUCUGUCGGAACCCAUGGUCGGGAAGGACGGCAAGACCAUGAGCGAGAUACCCAUUCCGAAGGGCACAGAGAUCAUCAUCGGUGUGCUAGGCUCAAAUGCCAACAAGGUUAUGUGGGGGGAAGAUUCCCUCGAGUGGAAACCACAACGUUGGCUCUCGGGCCCACCCAAAGGUGUCGCUGAUGCUGGUAUACCUGGCGCAUACUCGCACCUGAUGACGUUCAUGGGAGGAAAACGGGCUUGCAUCGGCUUCAAGUUCUCAGAAAUGGAAAUGAAGGUUCUACUGUCGGUCUUGCUUUCGACAUUCGUGUUCGAGUCGACCGGAAAGCCUAUUGAAUGGAACGUUUCUGGCGUCUACUAUCCGACUGUAGGGAAAGAGAGUAACACGCCAUCUUUGCCUUUGAAGAUACGCUUUUACAAGGGUGUCACAGCGUAGGUGCUCGGCGUGUGUACCUUCAAGUAUCUAGGCGGAUGCAUUGGAUC